AUGGUGCGCUGUCGAUGGACGCCAGCUCUAAUUUUAAUCUGCCUGCCUAUCCUUGCCACAGUGAUAACCGCAUUCCGUGUCCGCGAUUUACCUAAAUUUGAAGAUAGUGUAAAACUCGAUAGGAAACAAAAGUGUGAUGACUGUGAUGUGAAGUUUGGUCAUAAGUUGCAUAGUAUUAAAACGGAAAGUGAUAAAUACAGGAACGAAAAUAUUAAGAAAGUAAUUAAACAGCAUGAUAUCGACCAAAAGUCUGGCAGUAAGUUUGAUACUAUUAAUGAAAACGAUGACAAUUAUAUCAUUUUAAAAGGAAAGUCAGAAUUAAAGGACGAUUAUCUAAGUGCUAGUAAAAAAAAUUUUGAUACAAGUAGCCACAAAGUUCCAAGUUUUAGCCACAAAGAUGUUGACGAUAGAAUUAUUGCACAAAAAUCUAGUUCAAUACAGAAGACAAAAAUUUCAGAUAUAAAAAGUAGUGACACAAAGAGCUCGACAAGAAAGGAUACUAUUUUAAAUAGUGUAAAAUAUGAUGCUAGUCGACGUCAAGAAAAUGACGACUUUAAGGAUGAUAAAAAAACGGUGCCACUGAAAUCAAAAUUAUUGGUAAAAAAUGAUGAAUCUAAAAGAACCGACAGAAAUGAUAAACCAACAAAAUCUAUAGAUAAGGAUAGUUUUGAUCAUAAUAAAGAAAAAAUUGAAGCUAAGCUCAAACUUUUAGAUACUAAGAAGAUUGAGCAUAAAUUAAAAGAUGAGUCUUUUGAAGUUAGCGAUUCUAGAUCGAUAUCAAAAGAAAUAGAAGAAGACGAUGAGGAUGACGAUGACGAUGAAGAUGACGACAAUGAUGACGAUGAUGAUGACGACGGAGCACUAUCAAGUCUCUGGGAGACAUUUAGUAUGUGGGGGCUUCAUAUUGAUCCUAGCCUCAAACCUGACGAAAAAAAAGAAAAGCAAUUGAUCCAAAAGAUCAAAACUACAAAACAAAAAAAUGACACAAAAGACACAAUCACCGUUCCUAUAGAAGGUUUGCGUAAGGUUAAAGAAACCACGAAAAAGUUGGAAAUUAAACCAAUGAUUUCCAAUUUAAGAGAAACCGUACAAAAGCCGGUUACUAAGACAGUCACACCAAAAAAGGUACUAGAUCUUAAAAAUGAUGAUGAUGAAAAUGAUAAAGUCGAUAAGGAUGAUGAUGAUGCCGAUGACGAGGAUAAUAAACACAUGUCACAAUUAAAAUAUAUGCCCAAAAAUAAAAUUAAAAAAAUUGAUGAAAAUCUAAUAACCAAAAACAAAAUUACUAAGUUAGAUGUAAAAACUGCUGAGGACGAUGAUGAUGACGAUGCCGAUUUUAAAUUAUUAGAAGAAAAAUAUGCACUUAAGAGUAGUCAAAACAUAAAAAAAGUGGCGAAUCCAAAGAAAAUUGUGAAACUUAUUCAAGAUAGUGAUGACGCUGACGAUAAUGAUGAAGAUGAUGAAGGUGACAACAAGGAAAGUAAUAAUGUCAUUAAAAAGCUUUCAAAUAAGUCUAAAUCAACAUCCAACAAAGAUGAUAAAAAGAAUAUGAUUACCAAAACAGCAUUCAAAAUUGAAAAUGGAAGUGAUGAUGACGAGGAUGGCGAUGAUGAAGAUGAUGACAUCGAUAGCAAUGAUAGUGGUCAAUUAUUGAAUAAAAUCUCAAUGGAAGGUAAAAAGUCAACUGAAAAAACGUCUCUGUCAGAAAAUAAAAAAGAAGAUAAGAUAGAAAUUAACAAACAAGUAGUGAAAGAUAAUAAAAAAAAUAUAAAACAGGAGGAGAUGGUAAAAUCUAAACACAAGAAGGAGAAUUCGUCUUAUUCAAAUAAAGAACACGACGUUAAAAUUGCUAAACCAGGUGCAAAAAAUGAAACCACUACCAAUCAAUUGCCAAAAAAUGGAGACAUAAAAGAACAAAAGGAAAGUAAAUCUUUGGAUGAUAAAUCUAAAAAAGAAACUGAUAAGAUAGUCCAAGCAAAAGAUCUCAAAUUGAAAGAAAAGAUAACUAAAGCACCUCAGCGUAGUCAGCCAGACACGGUCGGACAAGAACCUGUGCAAACUGGUUAUGAAAAAGAUUCGGUAGAUGGCCUUAAUAUGAAUGACAUUAAAAAGGAAAUUAAAGCCCAAAUUCGCUCAAACCAAGAGGAUAAAAAGUCUGAUAAAUCAAAAGAAAAACUAAGAGAGAGUGCAGCAAUCUCUUCGUCAACUGACUCUAAUAUAAAACACGUUACGGAUGCUUUACAUAGACGGAAUUUACUCAAAAGUGAUUUUGAAGAUUUCUAUGCAUUUUUUCCAACUUUUGCUCCAAACUUUUCACGUAUCCACAACCCGGAAUGCAGGCGCCAUGGGCAGAUAGUAUUGAGGCAAUUACGCGGUACAAAAUUAUGGGCUUUAAACAUGCUCGAUGCUACGGCGAAAAUUCCCUCGGGGAUACUUCAAGGUAAUGGUAUCCAGCUUGGUGACUUUGACCAGUGUGUGGGAAGCCGUGCUCGGGUCCAGUUAGAAAGUGGGAGUGUCGUGAAAGUUCAAGGGAAAUAUUGUUUGGCUCGCCUUGACAUAAAAGCGGAACAUCCAGAGCUGGAGACGCCUGUGCAUUUGGCGCAAGCCAAAAACUUGAUGAGAAGCAGGAUAGAUGAUCCAGGUCACUUUGUACCGCGAUUUUCAACGUUGAGUUGGGGUGUCUGCGUGCCAGCUGUCUGCAACCCCGAAGAUGCUGAAGUCAUCAUCAAAGACGCUAUCAAACACUACCAGAAAACCAGCGGAGUCGUCGUACGAGUUAAAGUUGAUGAACAGGACUGUUACGUUGAAGAGGAUGAGUGGUGGAAGAACUGGAUUGAACUGCCCGUUAUCUUGACACUAUCGUUCUAUGGCGUCGUUGUUCUGCUUGUACUUGUGGCGACGCUUCAAGACUUUUUUGCUAGAAGAAACGAAGGUGAAAGUGAAGGGGUGGAUAAAAAGACAAAGUCUAAUAAAGAAGAAAGGAAAAAACAAGAAAAGGAUGUUGCCAGUUCGAAAAAAUUAGACAACUUCAUAAGCUCCUUCUCCCUCUACCACACGCUUGACAAGCUGGUGGCUCCUGGGACCACUGACGAUAUUGCCUGCAUCCACGGUGUCAGAGCAAUAGCCACUAUUGCUCUGCUCAUUGCACAUAAGUUUAUGCCGGUCGCUGUGAUGCCUUACACUAACAGGCUGAAGAUUACCGAGCUAGCAAGUUCCCCUCUCUGGUCUUGGUGCCGCGCUGGUUGGAUGUUUACCGACUGUUUCUUGCUACUCAGCGGCACUCUUACCGCUCAUAAGGCAUCGGACAAUAAUUCUGGAGCGCCUAGAAGAUUAUUCUCCAGGUAUAUGAGGUUAACACCAGCGUUGCUAGCCCUGGUUCUGUUUUACGCCUACAUUUGGGACAACGUAUCCAGUGGCCCCAUGUGGGGUACAUUUGUCACGAAAAACGCUGAAGUAUGCCAAGAAGGAUGGUGGUGGAACUUGCUGUAUGUACAGAACUAUUUUGGUUUUGAAGAAAUGUGUGCACCGCAAACACACCAGCUAGCCCUGGACAUGCAGCUCACUAUCCUUGGAGGUAUAUUAAUAUGGGUGAUGCAAGUGAAACAGGGCGUCUACAAGAUCGUAAUGCCUGUCUUGCAUAUUGUUGCGGCUUACUCAAGAUACACAACCGUUAAGGAUCAUAGACUUACAAUGCUGGCUUACCAUGGAGUUAGCGUAAGCCAGCUUUAUAGGACGGCGCGUUUGAGUUACACGUCGGUGUUGCAUCGUUCUACGCCUUAUUUAGUUGGGCUGAGUUUGGGCUUAGCUUUAAAGACUCCUGUGGAACCCGGCAUGUUUCUCCUGGGCAUUGGUUGGAUAUCUAGCAUCGCUCUUUGGUGUCUCGUCUGGUGGGUUGGCGCUGACUCCGGCUCCAUGCAGUACCGCUACAGUUCAACAUUUGCUGCACAAUAUGCUUCCCUUGCACCUAUUGCGUCUGCACUGGCCAUCGCUUGGUUGGUUUAUGCUGUUCACAGUGGUGGUUCUAGUUUCCUGUCACGUUUCCUAUGCUGCAGACCCCUGGUGUUUAUUAGCCGACUAUCUUAUGCUCUUUACCUUACCCAGUUUAUCGUGUACAUCACAAACGUGGCUACUGUUAAAACCUCCAGAGAAUUCACCUUGAUGUCGUUGAUUGAUGUACAAGAAAUCUCAACAAUACUACUAUUAGCGGUUAUUCUAACAGUUACAUUUGUUAUACCAAUGCAAUCUCUACACAAAGUUUUCAUUUUUCCUAUAAAGUCUGAGAGCUCGGCAAAACCCAUAGCAUCGGGUGAAAACAAAUUUGAAGAAGAAAAAAAGGAGGAAAUACGAAAAGAAGACAAAAAUAUAGUAGAAACUCCACAGUUAAAAAGUCGAUUGCACUUAAUAGCUCACAGAGAAGUGCUUGAAGAAAUACCAGAGACAGAAGUAGAAUAUGAAUCACAGAGAGACAACGAAGGGCUGGGAGAAAUUUUAGAGGAAGAAGAAGAUGACAUGGGUGAAGAAUCUAUCGGGAACGUGGAAAUAGAGGAUGAUAUGGAAAUCAUUGAAGAAGAACAGGGCGGAGAAUGUGAAGAAGAUGAAUUCUGGUUAAAUAGACGACAGUAUACACCAAGGAGAUCAGACUCGAAUGAAAAUGAGGAAGAAAUUGACGAAUGGGAAUGGACGGCAAACGGAAGUCGUAAUGGAGCUCAAUAUUAUCGAUACUCAAGGUAG